AUGCGCCUCCCGUCGGUUCGCUUCCUGCCGUCGAGCGCGGCGCCGGCGGUGGUGGCCGCGAACGCGCGCAUCGCCUGGAUGGCACGCGCGGGGAACAUGGAGGGCGCCCGCGCGACGUUCGAGGCCAUGCCCCUCCGCACUACCGCUUCCUACAACGCCCUCAUCGCCGGCUACUUCCGGAACCACCUCCCGGAAGCCGCCCUCGGCCUCUUCCGCCGCAUGCCCUCCCGCGAUCUCGGCUCCUACAACGCUCUCAUCUCAGGCUUCUCCCUCCGCCGUCACACCCUCCCUGAUGCGGCGGCCGCGCUGGCCUCCAUCCCCUUACCCCCCUCAGUCGUCUCCUUCACCUCCCUUUUGCGCGGGUACGUGCGCCACGGCUUCCUGGCCGACGCCAUCCGCCUGUUCCACCAUAUGCCCGAGCGCAACCACGUCUCCUACACGGUUAUGCUUGGUGGUUUUAUUGAUGCCGGCCGUCUCGAUGAGGCCCGCAAGCUGUUCGACGAAAUGCCUGACAAAGACGUCGUUGCACGAACUGCCAUGCUAUCUGGGUACUGCCAGGCAGGCCGAAUUGCUGAGGCACGCCUUCUGUUUGAUGAAAUGCCGAAGAGGAAUGUCGUGUCAUGGACUGCAAUGAUAUCUGGCUACUCUCAAAAUGGGAAGCUUAACCUUGCACGGAAGCUUUUUGAGGUGAUGCCUGAUCGCAAUGAGGUGUCAUGGACUGCUAUGUUAGUCGGGUACAUACAGGCUGGCCAUAUCGAGGAUGCUGAGCAGCUGUUUAAUGCAAUGCCAGAGCACCCAGUGGCUGCCUGCAAUGCGAUGAUGGUUGGGUUUGGGCAGCGUGGGAUGGUGGAUGCUGCCCAGGCAGUGUUUGAGAGAAUGCAAGAGAAGGAUGAUGGUACGUGGAGUGCAAUGAUUAAAGCAUAUGAGCAGAAUGAGUUCUUGAUUGAGGCGUUGUCUACUUUCCGUGACAUGUUAUGGAGAGGUAUCCGUCCAAACUACCCAUCAGUCAUUAGCAUCCUUACCGUGUGUUCGGCACUAGCUAUUCUCAAUCAUGGAAGGGAGGUGCAUGCUGCAAUGCUGAGAUGCUCCUUUGACAUGGAUGUCUUUGCUGUCUCAGCAUUAAUCACAAUGUACAUCAAAUGUGGAAAUUUGGAUAAAGCUAAUAGGGUCUUCAAUAUGUUUGAGCCCAAAGAUGUAGUCAUGUGGAACUCGAUGAUCACUGGUUAUGCUCAACAUGGGUUGGGGGAGGAAGCACUUGGCAUAUUUAAUGACAUGACGAUGGCAGGAAUGGCACCUGAUGAAAUUACUUAUAUAGGAGUCCUCACUGCUUGUAGCUAUACCGGGAAAGUUAAAGUAGGGAGGGAAAUUUUCAAUUCUAUGUGUAAGGAUUCUGCCAUCCGACCAGGAGCCGAGCAUUACUCUUGCAUGGUUGAUUUGCUUGGUCGAGCUGGACUUGUACAUGAAGCAUUGGAUUUGAUUAAGAACAUGCCAGUUGAAGCCGACGCUAUCAUCUGGGGAGCACUGAUGGGUGCCUGUAGGAUGCACAAGAAUGCUGAGAUUGCCGAGCUUGCUGCUAAGAAGCUAUUAGAGCUAGAGCCCGGGAGUGCUGGACCAUAUGUUUUGCUCUCUCACAUUUAUACAUCCACUGGGAGGUGGGAAGAUGCUUCUAAGACGCGGAAGUUCAUUAGCUCAAGGAAUUUAAACAAGUCUACAGGCUGUAGUUGGAUAGAGUAUGACAAGAGGGUGCACCUCUUCACAUCUGGUGAUAUAUUAGCACACCCAGAGCAUGCUAUUAUCCUUAAGAUGUUGGAGAAACUAGAUGGUCUACUGAUGGAAUCUGGUUACUCAGCUGACGGAAGCUUUGUGCUCCAUGAUAUAGACGAAGAGCAAAAACUUCAUAGCUUGCGAUAUCAUAGUGAGAGGCAGGCUGUGGCAUAUGGACUUUUGAAAGUCCCAGAAGGAAUGCCCAUUCGUGUCAUGAAGAACCUCAGAGUCUGUGGUGACUGCCAUGCUGCCAUGAAGUUCAUUGCAAAAAUAACUUCUCGGGAAAUCAUACUCAGAGAUGCUAAUAGGUUCCAUCAUUUCAAAGACGGAUUUUGCUCUUGCAGGGACUAUUGGUGAGGUGAAUGGGAGGUAGAUUCCUUGUCCUAUAUCAUCUCAUCCUGCUAUUUGGGAACAUAUCCAGAAUCCAGGUUUCAUCUGAAUAUGAUUUCAUCAUCUACUGUGAGCAAACUGCACAUGAGGAGCUUGUUCCCCUGUGGUAUGUUUGCAACUAUCAAUGGUGUAAUGUGACUGCUUCUCUAAGCGAGGUCACUUAGAGGGAGUCACUGUUUUUCAAGAGCAGCAUGCUAUUUGAAUGUGUACAGACGCCAAAAGACAGCUCGAGACCGCUGAAGCAUUGCAGUUCGUCUGUUGUGAUAGUUUUGAUAGACAGGAAGAACUGGGACAUUUCAUGACAUGGCGGAAUACUGAAUAUGCUGUGGUGACAGUUUGAUCACGAAAUCACUCGUGGAGAUUUUGAGUGUGGAACAUAGCCUUCAGUUUUUUUUACCGCUGGCAAGUAAUUGGCUACUGUCACUUCUGAACACUCAGCAGUUUGUCUGGCAAA